CGGCUGUGAUUUUGGCGAAGAGAGCAAAGAAGCAACGUGUCAAAUCGAUUUUUUCGCUGAACGUUUUUUGAAGUGAAGAAAAUAUUGAAUUUGAUUUGGAAAUGGUGCACAAAUGUCCGGAAAAACUGUCUUGGUGCACCCAAGAUAGUAUGUUGUGUAAACAGCUCGUAGAGCUCGAUGAAGGAAUCUGUUUAUUCGAAGAUGUUGGGCUAGAAGCACCAAUGCAAUCGAUCAAAAACACUUUUCGUAAAAUAUAUGGCGAUCCCCAAUUGUCUCAGCGUCUGAAUGACGUGUAUCCAGCUCGCGGAAUUUUCAAGGAUGUUUCGCAAAAAUCGCUACAAAAUGUGGACCAAAAGGUUCCGUUUGACUUAAGUCCAGCUCGGCUACGAGCCAUUGUUGAAAAUGAUACAGAACUUGUACACGAUCUGGGAGACGAUUUCCGUGACAUAUUGACAUUUUACAGUAACGUACAAGACAAAAUCAUACCACGUCUUAUCCGACUGGCUGAGACGGCAAUCAACAAUGGAAGUGACAUGAAUAUUCAUCAGCAGAUGAAUUACAAUUAUCGUUUAGUCGAUUAUUAUCCGGUGCAUAGCAAGAGUCGUCGCUGCGGAGAGCAUCGAGACUAUGGCACGUUCACACUGAUCUUCCAGGACGGCUCUGUUGGUGGACUGGAGGUUUUCAGCAACGGAUCAUGGCUUCCUAUUCCACCGACUGUUGGCGUGGUGUUUUUAUGGGGCUGGUCGGCCGCUAUUCUUUCCAACGGAAUAAUCAAAGCCCCGUUACAUAGAGUUGUGACAACACGAACUGAUGGAAGAGAAGUUUUCGCUUCUCGACGAAACGCUGCGGUCUUCUUUGUUGCUCCAGAUCUUGACGUCAAAUUGAAUCCAAAAGUACGUCCUGACGAAGUGUUAGCUUUCAAUUUCGAGGCAGUGAAAGAUCUAACAGUUGGCGACUUCAAGGCACUUAUGGGCAAGAAGUGGCGUCAUCGUGAAGGUACUUUAACAGCUGAAGAACAAGCUGAUAUCGUUGGAAAGGUUGCCAGUCCUCAAUCUCAAGAUGAUGAGAUCAUUGCAUUUCUGAAAAAAAUUUGAAUAAAAGUCUGUCUAUAGACUGGACAAUAAAUGUCUGUGACAGAUACAGAACAACUGAA